AUGGAAGCUGCUGGGAAAGAGGAAAUCAGUGUUGAAGAUGAAGCUGUGGAUAAAAACAUUUUCAAAGACUGCAGCAAGAUUGCUUUCUACAGGCGUCAGAAACAGCAGCUCUCCACAAAGUCCACCUAUCAGGCAUUACUAGACUCCGCCACAAAAGGCAAAGACAGCACCAAGUUCCAAAUCCUCAAUGAAGCAACUAAGGUUCCUCUUCUGGCUGAAGUUUAUGGUAUAGAGGGAAAUAUUUUCAGGCUUAAAAUCAAUGAAGAAACUCCCCUGAAACCCAGGUAUGAAGUUCCUGAUGUUGUCACAAGCAAGCCACGCACCGUAAGGCUGAUUUCAUCCUCAGGGGAUGCAGGUAGUCUGGUAUUGGCUGAUGGAAAAGGAGAUCUGAAGUGUCAUAUCACAGCAAACCCAUUUAAGGUAGAUUUAGUGUCUGAAGAAGAGGUUGUGAUGAGCAUAAACUCCCUGGGCCACUUGUACUUUGAGCACCUGCAAGUUCCUCUCAAGAAAAGAGCUACCAAAGAAAAUAAGGAGGACACAUCAGUUGAUGCUUCUCAGGAAAACCAAGAGGAUCUAGGCUUGUGGGAGGAGAAAUUCGGAAAAUUUGUGGAUGUCAAAGUUAAUGGCCCUGCCUCCAUUGGUUUGGAUUUCUCCUUGCACGGAUUUGAGCAUCUUUACGGGAUCCCACAACAUGCAGAAUCACACCAACUUAAAAAUACUGGUGAUGGCGAUGCUUACCGUCUUUAUAAUCUGGAUGUCUAUGGAUAUAAAAUACAUGACAAAAUGGGCAUUUAUGGUUCAGUGCCUUAUCUCCUGGCCCACAAACCAGGCAGGACUCUAGGCAUUUUUUGGCUGAAUGCCUCAGAAACGCUAGUGGAGAUCAAUACAGAGCCUGCAGUAAAGUACACACUGACCCAGAUGGGCCCCGUUGCAGCUAAACAAAAGGUCAGAUCUCGAACUGAUGUGCAUUGGAUGUCAGAGAGUGGAAUCAUUGAUGUUUUUCUGCUGACAGGACCUACACCUUCUGAUGUUUUCAAGCAGUACUCAUACCUUACAGGCACACAAGCCAUGCCCCCUCUCUUCUCUCUGGGGUACCAUCAGUGCCGCUGGAACUAUGAGGAUGAGCAGGAUGUAAAAGCAGUGGAUGCAGGAUUUGAUGAGCAUGACAUUCCUUAUGAUGUCAUGUGGCUGGACAUAGAGCAUACCGAGGGCAAAAGGUACUUCACCUGGGACAAGAAAAGAUUCCCAAAUCCCAAAAGGAUGCAAGAGCUGCUCAGAAACAAAAAACGUAAGCUUGUGGUCAUCAGUGACCCCCACAUCAAGAUUGAUCCUGACUACUCAGUGUAUGCUGAGGCCAAAGAACAGGGCUUCUUUGUGAGGAAUCACGAAGGAGGAGACUUUGAAGGGGUAUGCUGGCCUGGUCUCUCCUCUUACCUGGAUUUCACCAAUCCCAAGGUCAGAGAGUGGUAUUCAAGUCUUUUCACUUUCUCUGCCUAUCAGGGAUCUACUGACAUCCUCUACAUAUGGAACGACAUGAAUGAGCCCUCUGUCUUUAGAGGACCAGAGCUAACCAUGCAGAAGAAUGCCAUUCAUCAUGGCAAUUGGGAGCACAGGGAACUUCACAACAUCUAUGGUUUUUAUCAGCAAAUGGCUACUGCAGAAGGACUGAUACAGCGAUCUAAAGGGAAGGAGAGACCCUUUGUUCUUACACGUUCUUUCUUUGCCGGAUCACAAAAGUAUGGUGCUGUGUGGACAGGCGACAACACGGCAGAAUGGAGCUACCUGAAAAUUUCUAUCCCUAUGUUACUCACCCUCAGCAUUACUGGGAUCCCUUUUUGUGGAGCUGAUGUAGGUGGCUUCAUUGGGAAUCCAGAAGCAGAGCUGCUAGUGCGUUGGUACCAGGCCGGAGCCUACCAGCCCUUCUUCCGGGGCCACGCUACCAUGAACACCAAGCGGCGGGAGCCAUGGCUCUUUGGGGAGGAACACACCCGGCUCAUCCGAGAAGCCAUCAGACAGCGCUACACCCUCCUGCCCUAUUGGUAUUUUCUGUUCUACCGGGCACACGUGGCUGCUGAACCCGUCAUGAGGCCUCUAUGGAUAGAGUUCCCAGAGGAAUUAAACACUUUUGGUGUGGAAGAUGAAUACAUGCUAGGAAGUGCUUUAUUGGUUCAUCCAGUCACAGAACCAAAAGCCACCACAGUCAGUGUGUUUCUGCCAGGAUCAAAUGAGGUCUGGUAUGACUCUAAAACGGGUACUUAUUGGGAAGGAGCAUGUACUGUGAAGAUCCCAGUAACUUUGGACUCUAUACCAGUGUUUCAACGAGGUGGAAGUAUAGUGCCCAUAAAGACAACUAUAGGAAAAUCCACAGGCUACAUGACUGAUUCCCCAUAUGGACUCCGGGUGGCUCUCAGCACUAAGGGUUCUGCUGUGGGUGAACUCUAUCUCGACGAUGGCCAUUCAUUCCAGUACCUCCACCAGAAGCAAUUCUUGCAUAGGAAGUUUUCAUUCUUUUCAGGUGUUUUGACCAACAGUUGUGCUGACAAAAGAGGUCAUCAUCCCAGCAAGUGUGUGGUGGAGCGGGUCUUCGUCCUUGGCCUCAAGAAGCAGCCAUCUUCUGUGACCACCCAUUCAUCUGACGGUAAAGAAGAGCCUGUGGUUUUUACAUAUUGUACCACAAUGUCCACCCUGAGCCUGGAGAAGCUGUCACUGAACAUCGGCGUUGACUGGGAGGUCCACAUCAAAUAA